UUUGGACUCUUCGGCGACCACAUCAGAACUAUUACCAUGGUCUGUCACGAUGGCGACAUUCGAGACAUCAGCAAGGCAAGCGACCCGGAGCUCUUCUGGGCCAUCCUCGGCGGCAGUCCUGGCAACUUCGGCAUCAUCACCCACUACAUCAUUGAGGUCUACAAGUCCCAGAGCUACAUCACCGACGCCCCUGGCAGCAAUGGCUCCAGGAACCCACAGGGCAUCAAAGCCCUUUGGCUGUACAACAAGGAGUUGCUCAGUACACUUCUCAACGCUGUCGCUGAGAUGGCUGACGACCCUUCCGUACCGCGUGGCUUCGAUCUCUGUAUCAGCGUUCUUAGCCAAGACUUCCCCAUUGCGACGAUGUUCAAAGAGCUACAGGACGGCAAAGAAUGGAGCAAGAUGCAGCAGUUGAUCAACGCCCAGAUUGGAGAAGAUAUCGCAAACUUCCUCGAGGGUAAAUUUCCGGCUGCUAUCAUCCUUUAUGCUCAAUGGUGCCCAACCAGCAAGACGGACAGAUACGACGACAGCGUUGAUGCCUGGUUCAGCAAGUUCAGAAACCUCAAAGGAAUCGCGCUUCAAUACAAGAGGCUUGACAUGGAGAUGGCCGACAUGACUGGUCAAUGGAUCUUUCCAAAGGAACGCGAGUUCGAACUCCCCUAUGAAAAGCGGGCGUACGCAACUAGCUCGAGAACUCUCGUCAAAGACAACUGGGUUCAGGCAGCAGUUGAUCGCAUCGACCUUAUCUACAACCCAAAGUCGGCAAUUGAGGGCCACAAAGGCGACAAGGAGUUUGAGCUGUAUCAGAGGUGCAAGCUUGCAGUACAGAUCCAGUGCUUCGGGGGAGAUCAUUCCAUGUUCAACCUCAACAAGGACAAUGGCACCUCGUACAGCUGGAGAGACAGCACCGUCGUCCAAGUACUCGAUUGCUUCCAUCAGGACGACGACGAGUCGAGGGAGAUCGCCCAGGAUUGGCAGGCUAAGAACGACUCUCUCAUGAAUGGACCCACCAGCCCGUUCAGCAAGCAAGAUAAGCGCCUUCUGUGGGGCUCUUACGGCGACUGGAACCUCGGCGACAAGAAGGUUUGGCAGUGGUACUACGAGGAUGAAGAGAAGUACAAGAGAAUCGGCAGGGCGAGGGCCAAGGCUGACCCCAACGGGACGUUCACAGCGAACCCGUUUGCUGUUACGGCAGCCAAGUAGUUGUCGUUGGCUGUUUCUCUGUCGGCGAUGCAAAAGUUGCUUUGAUGUGUGAGCUCAUAGUUUCAGUAGCUUCUACGAUGAAGUUUGUUUGAUCUUCGACAUCUCAAUCCUUUCAUGUAAUUUUAAGACCAAGUGACCGUCGGGGCUCAGCUUGGAUAUCGAUAGAUCGUACCUUAAUAAAUUGACGACACUUGCACUACAUCGAGAUUCAGAUUCUCUCAAACG